UAAGAUCAACCGAAGAAGAAGAUGCAGCCAAUCAGGUGUCUCCGUGAACAACAACAACGGUUACUUAAAUUAUUACGAAGUUCGCUAACUUCUAUCUUCUAGCGACAAACUGACGCAAACACGAGUCCUUGUGAGGACGUUACGUCACUGUCGUCAGAUUCACGGUAGUUUCUGAGCAGCGUUUACACUUUAGUGACGCGUCAUGUUAGCAUGAGUGCAAGAAGCUAGCAGCUAGCAGCAGGUUUUUCUCACCUUUAAGGUAACGUCAGGAGCGCGAGCCGUUUCUGCGUCUAAACCAAAGUGAAACUGAACAGACGGAGGAGCUGAACACAAAGAUGGAGACUGCUGUUAAAGGUAAGGCCAAAAGGAGGCACCUGAAUGCAGAGGAAUGUGAUGAACUGGGUGCAGAGGGCACUGAUGCCCUCGCCCAUCCCCACACCUUCACCCCCAGGCAGGGCAGUCGCGACCCCCACCGGGGGCUUUACCCCAGGACGCCCACCAAGCGACAGAAGUGUGCGUCCGCCUCAGGAAGUCCUGCCGGGAAACAGAAAGGCAUCGGCAGCUACUUCCCUGUGACACGAGUCCUCAGUUCCAGUCCGCACAAAGUCUCCCAGCCCUGUUCAUCUACACGCACUACUGGACUAAAUGGGGAGCUUUUCACUGAAGAAGAGCUAAACUCCGUGAAGGGGGAGGAGGAGGACGAUGAUGAUGAUGAGGAUGUCAGCCUGUUAGCUGCGGCAUUGGUGGCAGAGCCUGAAGCAGAAGAGGAGGUGGACGAUGUCAGCCUGUUGGCUGCAGAGAUGGGGCCGGCGGUGGAUUAUCUGGAGGGAAUGACAGCAGAGAUGUUUGGGGAAGAUGAUGAAUUUAGUCAACGUGAAAUUCUCAACGAGGAAGAGGAGGUGGAGGCCCUCCCUGACGCCCAUUAUGGUCUCCUGGGCUGCAGCAAGGUCCUGCUCCAGCCCCAGGGCUGCAUGGAGAGUCUCCCAGAGGAGGUGCUGAGGCAGGUGAUGAGCCUGGUGCCUGCCCAGGACCUCUACCGCAGUGUCAGCCUUGUCUGCCAUCACUGGAGGAACAUCGUCCAGGACACCAAGUUUGUCCCCUACAAGAAGCAAUACUACCGCUACACGAUGAGAGAGAAGGACACGGUGCUGCAGAUCUGCUCCAUCCUGAAGAACAGCGGAGUCACAGAUCCAGCAUCAUCGCAGCACAGCAUCCGACGCCUUGUUGUUUUGAUGGCCCAGCAUAAGGUGGGGGAGCGGGUGAGGCCGGAGGAGGUUCUGGAGUGCGUUAAGAAGCAUCGCUUGUUCCCUCAGGCCAACGCCUCCAUCACAUUACGUAUUCCUGAUGUUCACAGGUUCUUUAAUCUGGGCCUUGAGGGUCCAAACCCGUAUGCAGCCAUGGCUGUGAUAUUGAUCCUCAGUGAGAGCGUUGUUGACGUGCAGGCCUUGGUGUCUCUGCUCAGCGGCUGCAUGUCGCACAGCGCCGUCACAGAGUACCUCAGCCACAUGGCCAUGAUGUUGCUCGCCAUAAAGAGGAGCAACAUCAAGAUUAGUAACAGGUUGCAUUACAACAUCUACCAUGUGCUUCACCUGAUGGAGAACGACCUCUUCUCUGUGGGCUCCGGGCCUCAGCUCACAGGUCAACAGCAGCAGAUUCUCAGCCACGACGUCCAGAAGCAUCAUGUGGUCAAGAUUGUGGCUUUUGCAGGUACGGGGAAGACGACCACGUUGGUGAAGUACGCUGCGCUGCGGCCACACCUUCGCUUCCUGUACGUCGCCUUCAACAAGUCAGUGGCCAGCGAGGCUCAGCGCCGUUUCCCCAGCAACGUGGCCUGCAAAACGGUCCACUCAUUGGCCUUUUCAGACGUUGGGAGGAGAUACCAUUUUCGUCAGAAGCUGAUCUUUAACCUAAAGCCAUUCGCCAUCAACUCCGUUCUCCCUAAAGGCCGCGGUGGCUUUGCCAAGGCCAAAGUGGUGACCACAACUCUCAACGCCUUCAUGGCUUCAGCAGAUGAGACCAUCACUCUCAGACAUGUCCCCAGCAGCCGCAUGGCCAAGAGCGGCCGCAGGGAGAUUAUAGACGAGGAUGAAAAAGCGUUGUUUGUGCAUGACGCAAAGAAGAUCUGGAACAAAAUGAAGGAUCUCAAUGAGACCCAAUCAGACGCCUACCACAUGACCCACGAUGGUUACCUGAAGUUAUGGCAGCUCCAGAUCCCGAAGCCCUGCUUGUCUGACCAAUACGAUGUCCUUUUCAUCGACGAGGCCCAGGACUGCACUCCAGCCAUCAUGGACGUGCUUCUGUCUCAGUGCUGUGGGAAAAUCCUGGUCGGAGAUCCUCAUCAGCAGAUCUACACCUUCAAAGGAGCGGUCAACGCCCUGCACAUUGUUGACCACACACACAUCUUCUAUCUGACACAGAGCUUCCGCUUUGGUGCUGAGAUCGCCUACGUGGGCGCCACAAUCCUCAAAGUGUGCAAGAGAGUGGAGAAGAUUCUAGUGGGAGGAAAGCAGAAAGGCGGUGUGUGUGACGAGACUGCAGACGAGGUUGGAGCAGCUAUGAGUUCGGGUGUCAGUCUUUCCCGUGGCAAGACGGCCAUCUUGUCGAGAUGCAAUCUCAGCGUGUUCAAUGAAGCCGUCCGACUCACGGAUUCCAACCCGCAGUGCCGCAUCCACUUCAUAGGAGGGGUCAAUGGUAUCGGCCUGAAGCGGAUCCUAGACAUCUGGCAGCUAAUGGGCGGAGCAGGAGAGAGCCAAGGCUCCACAUUCAUCAGUGAUCCCUUGAUUCGGUCAUUUGCCAAGAAGAAUCUGAAUGGCUUCUGGGCCCUGAAGUCGUACGUGACGCAGACCGAGGACAUGGAGCUGGAAGGAAAACUCAACAUCGUUGAAAAGUAUGGGAAGCGCAUCCCUGAACUAGUGAAGCGCCUGGAAAGUUGCUUUGAAGGAAACUUCCAUAAAGCAGACUUCAUAGUGGGAACAGUGCACAAGGCUAAAGGUCUGGAGUUCGACACUGUGAUGGUCACCGACGACUUUGCCAAGGUUCCUGCGUCAAAGCACAACCUGCACUUCAGUCCCGACUUCUCCUUCGCUGAUGUUGCUGACGAUGAGUGGAACCUUCUGUAUGUGGCGGUGACUCGAGCCAAGACCUCACUGAUCAUCACAAAGAACAUCCGCCGCAUCCUCACUGUGGCCGGGGAAUACCUCCUGAAGGCGGAGAUGCCCAGCAUCCUGGCGCAGCAGGGCGACCCUCUCCCGUGCUGCGUGUCCGACUGCCCAAACUGCACCACCCCCGGCUCAGCCUUCAUCAUGGUCAAACGGCAGAUGAGAUGUUCUGACGGGGUGUCUGCUGGCGGCCCGCUGUGUGAGAGGUGUGUGUGGACGCGCAUCGGACCGGCUGCCUUCCUCAUGACAGACAACGUGCUCUCCAUGGCUGAAGUACCACAGAGACUGGGCCAGCAGGUCCAUCACAUGAUGCUGCUGGCGCUGUUCUGACUGUGUGUGUGCCUGCUGAAGAUCUGUCUGCUUUUAAUUAAAAAGAGUCUUAAUUCUCUAC